AUGGCGACUCAAGCGGCGUUAAUCGCUGAUACCAUUAUUGGGAUGAAGAGGGCAUUGCGAAGAGAACAAGAUGAUUCCGGCCCCGAUGAUCCUAUCAUGCAGCCUACGAACCGUGGCAAUAAAAUGAAAGCAAACGCCAAAUAUGUUCGAGAGGGGGCGAUGGGAUAUAUCAAUUCUAAGGAGUUUUACAGAGAGAAGAUCGAGCACGCUGGCUAUACUCGUCAUAUUCUGCAGCGCAAUCCCAUUCGCUAUGACUCAGAAGGAGAGGAACUCGAUGAGGAGGAUGAAGAUUCUGAGGCUGACACCGCAGCCGCCGAAGAGAAUCCAUUCUCGGGAAUUGCACUAGAGACACUCUUAUGUCCUUUGAAACAUCCGUCCGAACUUCCAAACCAUCCUUCGCUGUCCCAACCAUACACUUCACAGGCCUUAGAGCAGAUGACAAAAGCGGUCGAAGAGAAAUUGCGUCAGGAACGGGCUCUCUUAUGGCGUGCUCGAAAUUUGCAUCGACAAUUCCUGGGCGAUGGUGGAUGGAUGCCGUGCGGUGAUGUCGAGUCUCUCGAUGACCGCUUCAUCUUUGAGCCGAAAAUGGCACACCACUCUCAUAACAGAUCUGGGGAUCCGCAGGAGCCGAAUCAUACCAGUACCUCUGGUAGCGGUUAUCUGAAUGGAGUUCAAGAUGCAUCACCUACAACGUCCACCAGAGAACCCCACUCAAGACAGAAUGGGACUGAGAGCGAGAUUCAGGCCAUGGAAAAUGAUGUGGAGAUGGCAGAGGCAUCAACAGACUCUAGGGAAAGAGAAAUAGCGAAUGCCGAGCCUGGGGCACUAAAUACGGCAUUGAAAUCCGAAGACAUGGAUGCCGCUGUCAAUGAUCUCCCACCACACCCCAAGGGCGCAGACGACUCUCAAAACCAAGGGAGUGACUAUUUCCAAUCCAACUCUAAUGACAGGCAUGAAGAUAUGGAUACCACUGGUGAUGGCGAUAGGCACGAUGUCAACGCCGAUCCCAACAACCAGCACGAUGAAGCCGAGUACGAUGCAGAUAUGCAAGACGGCUCUUCGCCAGAGCCACCACGGCGUAUGACUACUCGUGCCCAGGCCAAUGCCACCAACCCCCAAGAUGAUGAGAAUGGAUCUCCCAUGUCUCCGGCCGAUACAGCAGGUAGCCUUCCGGCCCCGCACCCAUUAUUCCUGAUUCCUGAUAAUGUUCGACCAGAUGCGAACUUCGGUCUCCCUGCUACGGAGGCAGAAGAAACUCGCCGUCUGCUCUGGUCCUACAUACAGAAACAAGAAGAAACAGUGCGUGGGUUUGAGCAUAUGCUUGACUCUUUACUGCGGGCUUGUCACAUGAAGGCCGACGUACUGGAAUGGUGCAAGGCAGAGGGUCAUGUGGGCGAGAUGAGUGAUGGUGAAGAUUGGUAUGAUCGAGAGAAAUGGGGUUUAGCUGAGGGUGAGGAUCUCAAGAAGGGAACCGACGAGGAUGAGGUUGAGACUGUGGAUGAUACCCGAACUGCAGCUAAACGAGGCCGUGGACGACGAGCUUAG